UCUGGGUUUAGCAGUGUUGUAAAAGCUCGCUAUGACAGCACUGAAGAUGUUGGUGGGCGAUGUGAGCUGAAAUGCACGGACAGGAAGAAGGUGCAGGAAAGCCUGUCAGCACAAUACAGGAAGCCUUUGAGUUCUGCUGAAGUCUCAUUGUCACAAUGGGUUCACAGGUGAAAAAAUCACUUUUUUUCAUCUAUGCUGUUUUCAGGAGUUUUACGUCUUUUACAGAUGCCGUUCCUACCAUCCGGGCAAACCUUGGGAGUACAGUUAAUCUUCAGUGUUCAUCAGCUACUGCUUUUCCCAAAGCAUCGCAGGUUGUAGUUCAAUGGAAAAGAGUCGGAACGUCUAAGGCCACCUGUGGACACAUUGUGGACCAAGGCAAUAUCACAAAGCAAAACUGCAAGGAACGAAUGGCAAUAUUAGAGAACCACCAACUGCAACUGAAUGAUCUCCAGAUCAGUGAUGCAGGUCAAUAUAACUGCACCGUUUCAAGACAAAUACCUCCACCAACAGAAGAAAAAACAGAUUAUCUCAUUCUUCGGGUCGAAGCUUCCCCAGUUAUCAGGCUGGAAUACCUGAACACCUCUGGCAAUAAUUCUGGGACAUGCAAGCAACUGAUCUGCAAGCUCAAGUUCCUCAACUCAUCUGAAGUAAACUUCACCUGGACAAGAAAUGGAGAAAGGAUAUAUAAAGGCGUUAAGAGCGAGGACCCUGUUCAAUCAGAUGAUACCUAUUUCAGCGCAGCUGGUUACCUGACUCUUUGCAAACCUGACUGGAAAGAGAGUGAUGUUAUACAGUGUACUGGAAACUACUAUAAUGAUUCCAUUAUUCUCAAGGAAGACAGCAUCCUUCAUAACAUCACAGAUAAGAACUGCUGCAACCUGAACUUCAUAAUCAUCAUAGUUACCUCUGCCUGUCUGUUGACAAGCAUAGUGGUUGGAAGCUCUCUUUUUCUCUGCUUUUGGAAACGUGCCAGACUGAGAGCCAAUGACAACAACAGUCCUAUAGUGUUUAAUAACAAAGUGUAUGAGAACUUCAGUUUCAGUACCGCAAGAACACAGAGGGCUGAGACAGACCAGAGCAGUCAUUGUAUCUACGAGAAUUAACUUUCUCCUGUUGACAAAAUGGUGUAUAAGUUGGACUUGUAAGGUAAAAUUAUGUUUAUCUGGUUUCUCUUUGCAACAGCUGGUUAACAGCCAGCCUUUUACACCUGUAUUUGAGCAAUCGCUAUAAUAUAGCUGUGCACUACAGUUCUGUGCUGAGCUCCAGCUAAUGGUAUCAGACUUACACCACAACAGAGAACACAAUCCUAAUUAGAUACUUGUGGUGUCAUAUUCUCAAUGUAUGUAUCUUUAAGGUAUUUUGUGUGCAUUCACUGUAUUCAUUUGUUUCUUCUAUAUUGUUUUGUAUUUUCAGAAUACAGCAAAAAGCUUUAAGCUCUGAAAUAUUACAUAAACAGCAAGUCCACACUCGAUAACAUCGAUAGGCAUUAAGAAGUGCUUUGAUGGUAAUAGGAGGCAAAAAGGAAUUUGUUAUUAAAAUACUGUGUAUACAGUACAACACCAUUUGUUCCAGUCUUUGUUCUUGGCUCACGCAAUAAAUGUAAUAUUAAAAAAAUAAAACCUCUUUUAAUAUUAAUACGAUGGUAUUUAUGGAGUUUUUACUCCAUUUUGUAUCUGCCACUUGGUAAAUAACAUUACACUUCA